AACAUUGAGUACACUGGUUGCAAACACGGAAAUUGAGAGGAGGAGGGAAUCAUAUCGUACUUUAUUUAUCCUUAAGUCAAUACAAGCAUCCGGGAUCAAAGGACACGUUGCACGUAUAGUUCAAACCGUGAAGUCUGCUUUAUAUUUCUUCUCUUUCUAUGGAUUCUUUGCAGCUUCUGUCAUGGACUUGCAUCGUGUUUACAGUCGGGAUGUUCUCGACUGGACUGAACGACCUGAAGAAGAUGCGGGAAAACAAAAGUGCGGACAAUAUCCAGUUCCUACCUUUUCUCACAACGUGUCUUAAUAACCUUGGCUGGUUGUAUUAUGGUCUUCUGAAAUCAGAUCAGACAAUCAUCCUGGUCAAUGUCAUUGGAGCCUUGCUGCAGAUCCUUUACAUCGUCAUGUAUCUUCAGUACUCUAAACAGAAGAGGCUGGUCAUGUCCCAGACAUUAGCUGCAGGUGUGGUGCUGACCUGCGGUUGGUUCUACUUCACCACGUAUCUUCCUGAGGGGGAAACUCGGCUCAGCCAGCUCGGUCUCACCUGCAGCGUGAUCACUGUCAGCAUGUACAUGUCCCCUCUCACAGACCUGGUAGCGAUAGUGCGUAGUGGUGACGUGCAGCGCCUGUCCUUUCCUCUGACUGUAGCCACCUUCUUCACUUCCACCUCCUGGGUCCUCUACGGCCUCCAGCUGGGCGAUUACUUUAUUUUGGUUCCAAACACGCCUGGAAUCUUCACCAGCCUCAUCCGAUUGUAUCUGUUUCGAAGAUUUGCGUCAGUCAGUCAAAGCACACCUUCCUAUAAGUCUAUGCUGAUAUGAAGAUAUAAGGGAGAGAUGACUGACUUCACAGAGGGCUGCAGUGAAGCUCUACAAUCACUCGUCUAGUUUAUUCUAUUAGACUGACAGGCAGACUGGCAUUGGAAAAACAAACUGGAUGACACCACUGAAGAAGACAGGCUUGUUUUUGUUGAGGGGAGACAAUAUGAUUGAGUUCUGCAUCAGUUUCUGCAGUUUACGUUAAAAUAUCUCCACUCCAUGACCUUAAAGUGCCUUCUGUUGGAUUAUGCUUGCCAUCAAAGAACAAUGGCCAACAUGUCAACAGACUUAUUAUCUUUUCACAAGUGAAGUAGAUUGAAUCUUCUUCACUUUGUACUAGCCAAAGAUUGUUUCUGGAGUUGUUACUUGUGGCUGCUAUUUUGAAAUCAAAUAUAUAUCCUCUGGUCUCUUGUACCCAUAUUGUGGAGUAAUCUAGUUUAGAGUUCCAUACAUUUCUCAUUGUUCUGGUGAGGCAAUGAUUAUGUUCCUUGAGAGUUGGUACUAAUGUCUGUAUCAUGAUGCAGACAGAAUAUCCAGUCAGUGGCAGUAAAAUGAUUAUUAUUGAUAAGUGUUUUCUAUAUAUUUUUUUCUGUUUUUUUUUAAUACAGAAUAUUUAUGUUGGCUUGUGUCCAUUAUCAAAUAUUGUCUUCUUAUAUUGUAAUUGCUAUUUUUCUAAGCUCUUGGGACGACAUAUUUAAAGAUUAACAAUUUAUUUUUCAGGUGGCUGGUGUUAAUGGUUGAAGGGGUCUUCUUUUGUCCUCUUUAUUGUCUGUAAUAAAGACACAUGUUAUGCAAUUUAAACAGCCGUAAGCUAUCUAAGUAUGUAAGGUCUUUAAUAGGUGACAUGUAAAUAAAUUUUUACCUGAACUAACA